UCUCCGGCCCACCCCUUCCCCGGUGUCUUAUUUCCGGCGCCUGCCGUCAAUCAUCCCCAACUUCCGCGUCGCAAAACGGUCGCGCGCGUUGGACGUCACCGGCGCCUCUUCGGAUGACGUAGCCUACGCUAAAAGGCAAGCAUGCCUGCCUGCUGCCGGGUCCCCUUUUGCCGGUCUCUUGGCUCUUUCUCAGUGACUCAGUAGCCAAACUCUGGGCAGUUCUCCUCCCCGCGCGUUUUUCUGUCUCUGUGGCGGCAGCGGUUGAGGAAAGACGGAGGAGGAAGGGAAAUCGGAGGAUUCCCUUGAGUCGCUGAGGCACAGACGAGGGCGGAGGGCGGGGCGGAAGCGAGCUCCGGGCGGGGGACGGGUGAGCGCGUGGCCCGAGUCCCCGCGCAGGCGCGGGGCGGAGGUGUGUGUUUGUGUGUGCGCGCGCGCCUGCGGAGUGGGGAGCACGAGGCGCCGGUGGGUGAAACGUGAGGGCGCUCGAGGAGCCGGGGAUUCCGGACGCAUGUGGGGGACGGAACGGAGGUAGGAGAGCAUGUCCUUUCGAGGCGGAGGAGGCCGCGGAGGGGGCGGAGGCUAUAACCGCGGGGGCUUCAGUCGGGGCGGCGGCGCCGGCGGCAACAACUACCGAGGAGGAGGAGGAGGGCGAGGCGGGGACCGCGGCGGCGGGCGAGGAGGACGAGGCGGGGACCGCGGCGGCUUCGGCCGGGGAGGCUUCGGCCGAGGAGGGGGCGGCCGCGGAGGGUUCCAGAAGGGAGGCUACAAUGAGGGGCCCCCCGAAAACGUGGUCGUGUUAGGAGAAUUUUUGCAUCCCUGUGAAGAUGACAUUGUUUGCAAAUGCAUAACACAUGAAAAUAAAGUGCCUUAUUUCAAUGCUCCAGUUUAUUUAGAAAACAAAGAACAGAUUGGUAAAGUGGAUGAAAUAUUUGGACAGCUGAGAGAUUUUUAUUUUUCAGUUAAACUGUCAGAAAACAUGAAGGCCUCUUCUUUUAAAAAAUUACAAAAGUUUUAUAUUGAUCCAUAUAAACUGCUGCCCCUGCAAAGGUUCUUACCUCGGCCACCAGGUGAAAAAGCACCUCCAAGAGGUGGUGGCAGAGGAGGAGGAAGAGGAGGUGGUGUUGGCAGAGGAGGAGGAAGAGGUGGCAGAGGUGGAGGAGGCAGAGGUGGUGGUUUUAGAGGUGGAAGAGGUGGUGGAGGCUUCAGAGGAGGAAGAGGAGGUGGUGGCUUCAGAGGUAGAGGACGUUAAGUGGAACUUUUGGAAAGUAAACUUCACCAGUUGGCUUUUUGAAUCAUUCUUCAGAAUUAAGGAAUUAUUUCUGCUGUGGAUCUGAAGAUUGGGUUUCUUUUUUAAAGCAAGUACAAGUCUAAGGAACUGGUCACUUUAUGACAGUGUGUCAACAGUGUCACUACACCGUGUAAAACGGAUGCAAAGGAUGAGACAGUUUUGCUCCAAAAGAGCAUGGACUGAAUCUUUUAUAUAUUUUGUACAAUGCUCAGCACUCUGUGGGUGCUUAAUAAAUGUUCAAUAAUA